UGCUUGAUUAUUGUGAUGGUGGCAGCUGCUGCUGUACACAUCGGCGACUGUAGGAUUUCCUCACCAGCGUUCAGGACUUUAGGAGACUGCACACCUUUUUUGCGCUGCGGGGAGGGUUUCAACGGCCCAACUAAUGAAAUGCAAGUUCACGAAACAACUCCGGAGCCUGUUCGCAGCACACGGCAAAACUUUUUUCAAAAGGACAACACAAUAAAACGACGCGCUCGCGGCAGCGGUGGUUAUGUGUGAUGGUUGCGACUAACAUCCGGAUGUUUGAUGGAGCUCCAGUAGAGGCGAGAGAGUAACAGAGGUAGACAAACGGGGUGACCCCCGUCGUCUCUCUCGCUCCUCCACUUGCCCCGUACUGUUAUUUAUAGUCUCGCAAACGGUUGAGGCAAUAUUGAAUGGUUGACACGGUGAGCCUCCCGGAGGAGGGAACCAGCCACUGCCGAAUAUUUACACUCAGUUAAAAGCUUUCUUCACUGUAUCCGUCUCCCUGGCGAAGCGGACUCGUGUGCCGAUUUGGAGAGGGGAGAUCGAGAGUCAGGGGGGGCUUGACAAAGUUCUUCCCAAACCCUGUGUAUCCAGGCACAGAUGAUGGGGGAUUUUGCCAGCCCCGCUGCCGUACCAACCGGCGGCGGCAUUUGCAUUAAUAACAGUAACGUGAACUUAAACUCUGCCCUAAAUGCAACGAACAGCGGCGGCACCGGCGGCGGUAACGUGGGCAUACCGAAGCACAGCACGGUGGUGGAGCGACUCCGGCAGCGGAUCGAGGGCUGCCGGCGGCACCACGUCACCUGCGAGAGCCGAUACCAGCAAGCGCACUCCGAACAGCUGGAGCUGGACCGACGGGAGACGGUGAGUCUGUACCAGCGGAGUUUAGAGCAGCGGGCCAAGAAAUCUAACAACACCAAACAUCAGAGCAAGCAGCAAGACCCCGAUGCAACCGCGACCACUGAACAGAGGAACAACACUCUGAUCGCGCUCCAGGAGACAGUGAAGAGGAAAUUGGACAGUGCCCGGUCUCCAUUAAAUGGUGACCAAAAUGGGCUCAGUGAUGGGAGCUACUCUCCCACAACAAAGAGACUACGUAAGGAAGGAUGCACUGGAAUGGACUCUCUGGGAAGCCUCCCUCCCAUUUCCCCACUACAUCAAAUGGACAUCAAACCUACCUUGCCCUUGGGCAACAACAAUGCCUCCACAAACAAUGGAACCGGCAAUGGCAAUGCUGGUACUAACCAUAUUACCGGACGACCUGAGGAUUUAGGCAAGAACGGUGGAAUGCCCGACAUUAAACUGAAUGGUUCAUUGGAUUUGGACGAUGGCUUUAGCCUAUUAAAGGACAUGAAACAAGAGCCUUUGGACGAUGCUGGUGGAAUAGAAUCCUCGGAUACAUCGCUUUCAAAUCAGAACAAGCUGUUUUCUGACAUCAAUCUGAAUGACCAGGAAUGGCAAGAACUGAUUGAUGAGCUGGCAAACACAGUGCCUGAAGAUGACAUGCAUGACCUCUUCAAUGAGGACUUUGAGGAGAAGAAGGAAGUUAGUGACUUCACACGGGCCACAACAGAACAAACGCAGCUUGCACAAGACCUAGCACUAAACCCUGUAGCUACGGGACCCAACAAUACACCACAACCACAGAGUGGCCAGAUACCCAUGGGCUCACCUCAGGUGCGGCCAUCUUCCUCUGGUCCCCCUUUUGCAACUGCUGCCAAUGGUACACCACCCCAGCAACCCUUGCAGCAGUCACCAGCAGUUGGAAUGCCAUCAGGAUCGCCCGCAAACUGUGUGGCCCGGUCUCCACAAACACCUACCCAGGCUCAGACGCAGGCCUUAAGACCUGGGAAUGGAUAUAUGAUGAAUGCAGGUCCUGGUGUUGGCCCUGUGGUAUCAACACAAGGAACAGCAGUGGGCCCUGGAGGAGGAACUGCAGGUGGAGGUGGGCCCGUUGUACCAAACUCUGAACUUUCCCCGGCCGAGCAGCUUAAGCAAAUGGCUGCCCAACAACAGCAACGUGCCAAACUUAUCCAACAGAAGCACCAACAGCAGUCCCAGACAGCAAGCUGGUCACCUGCAGGAGCACCAACAAGCCCAUACAGUGGACCCUUUAACCCAGACAAACCAAAUAGCCCCAUGAUGUAUCCACAGGCUUUCAAUACCAGCAGCACAAUGGGGCCAAAAACACCAAGCAUGAACAACUACCUCCCACAGAACCACAUGAAUAUGCUCAACCAGCAGCCGCAGCAGCAAUCUAAUAACUUGGCUGCCCAAAACAACCUCAGUAAGCAGCUUUCUUAUAACAACACCAAGCCGCUGACCCAUUUUAGUGGAGUAGACCACAUGAGUCAGCGGAUGACGCCUCCCAUGGCCAAUCCAGCUAAAAACCCGAUGAUGCCGUAUAUGCAGGGUGCUGCAGGGCAAGGGGGUGCCCCACCACAAGUUCCAGGUCCAAUACCCAGCCAGACAGCCCAUCUAAAUGAGGAACAGAAGAGGAUGAUGUUGAUCAAACAAAAAGUGCUGAGUCAAGGCUUGCCAUAUGGCACUAUGCAGCAGCAUGUACAGGAUCAAGGAUUGGUUGUACUGUCGCGGCAGGCAGGUGGAGUCCAGCCACCUCAUGGAGGACCAGGGGGCGUGGCCUCAGCAGGGCCUAACGGUGCGGGGACUGGCGGUUAUAUGGGCAAUCCACAGCAACAACAGCAGGCGGCCAUGAUGAAACAGAUGAUGGCUAUGGAGCAGGAGAAGAGAGUUCAGCUACACCUGAUGGAGCAGCAGAAAGCACAGCUCCUUAGGGAACAGAGACAACAGCAGCAGCAACAGCAUAUGCUGGCAGAACAGUUACAACAGCAGCAACAACAUCUCCCAAGACAGCUGAGUCAGGCACAGAGGAAUCCAUACCCACUCCAACAGUUUCAAGGCACGUCCCAGGAGAUUGCAGCAAGGAACCAGACGCUACAGAACUUGCGGAACGCUCGACUUCUGCAGCAGCAACAGCAGCAGCAGCAGAACCCGGGGAUGCUGCAGAUGACACCCGUCCAGAACUCUGCCACAAUGCCUUCACAAGGAGAUAUGAGCAUGGCAUAUGGAGGCCAGUCAGGUGCACAACCAGGCAUUUACCAGGGUAUGAGCCCAGGCAUGGGCCAAAUGCUCCAGCAGCAACAGCAACACCAUCCCAACCAAAGUGGCAUAACGAUGGCACAGAGACAAGCGGGUGCCGGUGGGCAGGGAAUGGUUGUCGGAGGAGCGGGAGGUGGGUAUGGGCAAGGAAUGCUCAUGAACCCGGCCCUAUCGCAGCAGCAAAUGAAAUCAGGCAUAGUUGCCCCUGGUGGGCAGCCACUGGCCAAAGCCCAGGUUCAAAGACUGCAAACCAUGAUGGGAGGUGGAGGCCAGACGUGGCCUCCGCAACAGCAGCAAAAUAUGCAGGCCAUGGCUGGUAGGACUUCAAACGAUAUGGCGUUUAAUAGUAAUCCUGCAUAUGCCAUGCAAGGUGGGCAGCCUCCUAGGAUGAACAAGCAACAUUUUACCCAAGCGAUGGGUGGACAGAGUAUGGUGGACCCACGUUCUAUAAAUCCAGCAGCAAUGGGUGGGCCAAUGAUGCCACACAUGGCAGGCCAACCAAGGGCCAACCAGCCAAGGGGUAUGGUGAUGCCAGCCAUGAACCAGGGCAUGCCCAACAUGGCUGCUUUCGGACAGGGGUCUGCUCAAGGUAUGCCGGGGUCAUCAGGAGGGGGAGGGCCAUACAUGCCAGGCGGUCAGCCUCAGGGCUACCAGAGGACGUCCAAUCAGGACCUGGCAUAUGGUUACGGCAGCCAAUCAGGGGCUGGGCCUGGGGUUUCGUUCAGCCUAUCGGAUGGGACAGAUUUGGAUUCAACAGAAGGUUGGAUGGAAGAGUUUUUCCCCAACCAAUAGCCUAAGGGAUUUUUUUUUAAUAGAACAAUUUUAUUGAAAAUGUGAUUUCUGUUUUGUUUUUUAUUACAUGGUCAACAAAACAAAAAAUAUAGUACAUGUUGUGUAUUACAUGUGUGUGCUGUCACAAUAUUUAAUCAAACUGCUCUCUGUUUGGGUUGCUUCUUGAGUAAGAAUCCUUAAGAAUUGUUUUUUUAUUUUUUACUUUAAGAAUACUUUUCUCCAUCAUUUUUAUGUGUUUUGUCAAUUUCCAUUUUUUUUAAGUCCUUUACGCUGUUCUAAGGGCAAGAGGCACUAAAAACUUGCAAAAAUCCAAAUAUAUAUGUGUGUGUGUGUGUGUAUUGUUUUUAGAUCUUAACCUUUAUCCUGACAUACCAAGUAGUGUAUGAAAGCGUGUGUGUUGAAAUCUAAGGUAGGCCUUUGUCAACAAUGGAUCCCUUUUCCCAAACCAAACAAUUCAGUACACCACUUCCCCUCUUUCUUCUGUCUCACACAUUCUCUCUACUUUUGACCUGUGUAGUGAUUCUCUGCAUUUGUUCUGCUUUGUGUGUGUCUGUGUGUGUUUAUUUGCACUACGAGCAUCACGACAUAACACAUCAAUGUGUUUGCUCUUAGUGCAUGCAAGAUAGAUGCUCUGCUGUCGCUAGGCGACCGUUGUCAGUAAAAGUGAAGCUGCGUGCGUGCGUGCGACUCAACUGAGUGCUUGUUAAUAUUGCUUGAAGAGAUUUGGCAGCUACAAACUUCUCUCUCCCUUCGCUAAAACUGUGAGAAAGAGAUGUUUUCUUUAGUCAUAAUGGCAGCUAGAAAGGAGUGCAACUAUUACAUGGCUCAAAACAGACAUUUCACCAAGUAUAAAAUAAGGUUUAUUGAUGGGUUUUAUUGUAACACUCUGCAGACAUUUGGGAAGAUCGGAAGAAACAUUCAAUGUUGUGAAGCAACAUCACAGAUAUCUAUUUUUAAAACCAAUAUUUGACCUUUAGAUGAUUUGCAACAUUCUAGUUUUUGUUUUCUUUGUUUGUUGUAAGAAUUAACAUAAUUACCUGUGAACACUGGUUCGAGACAUACAGUACAUACUGUUUUUCUGCUGAUGGGACAUGUCACUUUCCCCUUUCAGUUGACCAAGCAAAUUAUUGAUAUUUAUUAGUUGCUUCCUGAGCACACAGUUAUCUAAGAGAAAAUGAUUUCAAACUCUUCUGACACUCUUCUAUCCACGAAUCCACUGAAUGCCUGAGAAAGGAAAGAUAAUUACAUCAGAAGACGAUGUAUAAUCCAGACACCUUUCUCUGUCACUUUCUUUCUUCCAAAUCGCACCAAAUUUUAAACAACAAAAGUAUUGGGAAGUUUAAUUUUAUGAUCCAUGUCUGAUAUAUCUAAAAACUUGUGUUCAUUGUGUUAAAAAAAAAAAUCCACAUAAAGAAUAGUUUGUUUGAGAUGUGUAGUGGAGUUUUGACCUGGUAUGAUUUUAAAUGAGAUCCCAAAAUGACAAGCCUUUAUCUUACUGCUAAGUACUCCUUGUUUUUUAGACCUAUUUUUGCCAUCUGUCAUUGACCUUCAAAUGUCACAUAAAUAAGAAUAUCAGUAUUUUCUCCUCUGUUGUGUGUGUUGCUUUAUGAUGUCAUAGUCAUAGUGUCUAGUUCUCUGUGAUCAAACUCUAUUUUAAGUCUAGUUUGAUUGUUUCAGCUCUCUGAGGAAUGUAACAGGAAUGUAACAUUGUGACUCACUUGCCCCUUGUUACAUUAUGAGUUUCCUUUUUGUCUUAAUGGGAGAAGAACACAUUCACAUCUUCAGUGCUUCACAAUAGUGUUAUAUUGUUGCCCUGUCAAGAGGAUUGCAGAGGGAGGACGUGAAGUCCAUGUUCUCCAACUGUCCAACCAAAUAUCAACAAUUUGGGACCAAGUUUUUGAUUUCUGUUGAUGUCAUUGAUCUUACUUUUUUCCUCCUUUUUUAUUUCAUACUGGUGCUGACAUAUAUGUGAUGGAAAAAGAUAUAAAUCAGAUACAGUUAUUUGUAAAUAUGUUUUUACAAUUUUAAAUACAUCAGAAGAUAAGUCUGUACUCACUGUAAAGAUAUUGCUGUUUAAGAUAGAGAAGUAUUUUUAUUUAACCUUUUUUCCACUUUUAAACUCAUCUGAGCUAUACCAUUGCACUUCAGACAAUGUCUUACUACUAAUUUGUAAUGUAAACUUCCUCUAAUUUUUAUUUUGAAGGUUUUUUCUAGUUUUCAAAUUUUACUCUGUAUCUAUUUUUUUUUUCUUCCCAUGUACAGAAUUAUGUAAAUGGUUAUGCCAGAGAGUUACAAAAAGAUUUUUUUUUUUUUUUUUUCAGGAAAUAAAUACAUU